CGCGCCUGCCAGCAACGGCUCUCCGCCGAUUUUAAACACGGGAAACGUAUAUCGCGCGAAUCCGCGGUUUUUGUAUCGCGGUGUCUCCCCCCGUCACGGUCCCCGGGCGCCGGCGUUGCGAGAGAGCGACGUCGCUUUCGUUGGAAUAGAAUUGACCCGUUCUCGCGGCCGAUCGUUUCGGUUUAUCGGAGAUUCUCGCGAUCGCACGCGAUCGGUUGUAGCUUGUUGUUUGUUGCGAUUUGCUUUGUCAAUAUUGUACCAGCGACGAGUUACAGUUACGUGACAAUUUCAACGAAAUGGAAACAAAAGUCACCACUCCUCAGAAGAAGGUAGUGGAAGAGGAGAAGGUAGUGCAGGAGGAAAUUGACGAGGAUUCGAAAGCAUCUGAAAAUGGAGAUACUAAGGAAACCAAAGAGAACGGCUCGAGCGAGGAGAAGGAGACCGACGAGAAAGAGGCAGAAUCUACGGAAAAUGGAGACUCGACAGAUGCUGUUCCAGCCGACAGUUGCUGUGUAAAGAGGAAAUCAACGGCCGGUGCCGAUGCAGCGGAGGAUGCACAGGACGGCGCGAGUCCCGAGAAGAAGUCAAGACUCGAGGAGAAGUGCGCCGAGGCCGAGAAUAACGGCGACGCGGAGGAGGCCACGGCCUAAUAUUCUCUCAUGUUUAUUAUUGACAGACAGACCUAAUCUAUAGAUGCAAUUUUAACUACCGAGUGUGAAGCCAGGGCAGAUCGUCUGUGCAUUUUCAGAGGGAGGAUGGCGAGCAUAAAAAGAAAAAAAAAGAAGAAAAACCCAGAAAAAGGAACAUUUUAACGUUUAUUGCAUUAAGAACUUUCAGUGUUCAGGAUGAUUGUGUGUGUCUCCCAUAGUUUCUUGCAAUUGUUAAUUGGCAAUAGUAAAACACGAGCCCGAUAUUUUUGGAGGAAAUAUCGCGAUUAUUACAUUUAAUGUAAUGUAAAGCAUAAAGAAAAACGUGUUCUCUGUACUGGCAUCCACGUGCAUACAUAUUAUAUAUUCACUUAGCGUUAGAAUCCUAAGGUAAGGAAAUAUACCGAUAACGUUUAGAAAUAAUAUAUUUCUAAUUCAUCAAAGCAAAAAAAGAAAAGAACGACGGUGCGGUGUCUGGAAAAUGGGUACAUUUGUGCAACAUAAUAUUUCCACCUACUUGCUAGUCCUCAUUGUUUCCGACGCACGGACACACAUUGUAUCUUAUACCUAUAGACACAUACACACCUUGGACUAUACAUCGGAGAUAGAAUACGGAUAUUUUUCUGCGAAUCAAAAUACAUUCCCGAAAAUAGAUUGACUUGUAACGUUAUGACUGUUCGCCGACGGAAAAAAAAAACUUAAGAGAGCGCCAUUUCUACAGCUAACAUUGCGUGUUUCACGAUGUUUUAUUUAUGUAAACCGUAACUUUUGCAGAAAGCAAGAAUAUCGGAAUCGUUUAUCUAGAUUUUAGAUAAAUUGUAACGCGCGUUAAGCUCUACUAACACAUGGUAUGUGUUUAUGUGAGUGGAUCUUUUUUCUUUUUUUUUUUCAAGAGACUGAGAACACUUGAAAAAAAUAGCAAUGUUCAGUACAGAACAAAUCCACCGUACGCUUUCGCGCCAAAUUGGUCGUGGUAUUUUAAAAAUUGAGAUAUUUUGUUUUUAUUUAAAUUUCAGCGAGAGCACAUUAUACAUAUAAUUUAUCUUGCUUAGGUUUUCACAUGUACCUAUGUAUGUAUAGAAACGCUGAGUGGACAAAGAUUUGUUUUGAAUUUUGCUAAUGUAUAAAAACUGUAUGACAGUCAUUCUAUAAAGAGAAAAUUGCAGUUGACACAAAGCCAGCAGUUUACAAGCUCGAAAUUAAUUGACCCAAAUUGAUCUAAUUUGCAUGUUAUUCAAAACUAUUAAGUGAUUGUCAGAUAUAAGUCAUCGUUUCUCUUAGUUUGUAAUGCAUUAGCUACAAAAGGCCGCCAAUACUUUAUAUUUCGGUGACGAUAUGACAAUAGUUCGUAUGAUUUUCAAUGUUAUUAUUUUGCUUCGUAUGUAAUAAAUAUAACUGUCGAUCAGUGAGGGUAAUAACAUGUAUGUUUAAGAUUUAAAAUGGUAAAAUGUGUUCAACAGCUAAUACAAAUAAAGAUGGUUCUCUAUA